UGGAUGUUCCUGCUCGAGGAGAUGGAUAAGAAGGACUUUAACCUUCACCAUGAGGAACUCGAUACUCGUGGUGUCGAGGGGCUUAGCUUUGCCAAGAUCCUGGCUUUCGUUGGACGCCCGCACACUAAUCCGGAAGAUUUCAUUUUCUUCAUCUUUUCUGACAGCAUGAAAGCUGCAGUGCAGUUGCUUACAGACCGCAGCAUUCUCCUGACGUAUAGGAUGUAUUGCGAGUACGACAGCGCGAUCACAAUUAUAGUUCGCCCAGUGUCCAAUCCGUCUCCGAACUCUAGCCAGUGUCCAAGCGCUCCAGAGUCACUCCGCCAGAGACGGAAAGUGAGUGGGAAAAGGGAUCUCCAGAGCGUUUUCGUCCGCCCGGUUACACAGAGCGAUACUAAAAACUUGGAUGCCGAGACCCUAACUCCAAUCAGAUGGAUCAUGGCAGAAGCCGAGAAGGGAACCCUUCUGCACGAUAUCAUUGUCACGAGCAUCACCCCUAAAGGCCGCCCAUCAAACAUACGAUUAGAUAAGGACAUCUGGACCAAGAGUCUGUUGCGGGGUCCGGGAAAGGCCCAGUUCCUGGAAAUCUGGACAAAGUAUUCCGAAUCAGCCAUGCUAAGAACAGAUGCGCUUGAAAAACUC